AUGAAGGAGAGCAGCAAUGCAUCACUCCCUCAUCAUGCUCGCUUCACCCUCUACACUUGGACCCUCUCUCCCUCCACCGCCCGCACACCUCUCUCACUACUGUGCCCGCUUUCUCUCUCCCCUCUUCUCUCCCCUGCGCUGUGCCCACGGCCAUGGCAGGUGCACUUCAAGUGCGCAGCGGACGUGGCGGUGCUGGCGGUGGACGAACCCAACCGCUGCGAGUCAGUCACCCCUCUCGCCCUCCCUUUUCCCACUCCCCGCUCUCACACUCCUUCAUCCACUCCAACUCCCCUCUACUCGCUUGCCUUCACUCACUUCCCUUCACUCAAAUCUCUCUGCUCGGUUUCUUCCACUAUCUCCCUCACUUUUCUUGGGUGCCCCCCUCACGCCUCUCCCCUUACCAACUCGCCCUGCCCUCACACACGGAACCUACUCCAUGCCGUGGACGCUUGCAUGAUCGGAGCCACAGAAUUAGUGCAUGGGAAACGAGUGUGUGUUUUCCCAAACUUUUAUUCGGACCAUAGGUACGCGGCCACCAUGACCACGCCGUCAGUGUGCACGGAAGAAAAAGCCAAGGAGUUGGAGCAGCAGCUGGAGGCCAUGCUGACGGACAUCCACCCCACGCAUGAUGAGCUCUGA